ACACGCGUCCCCCAAAUCGUGCAGACGACACCUAAACACGGCCCCAGGCGGGCGCACUUUGAGAUUUAAACAUGGCAAUUUGAAGUCGAGGUUUGACUCGCCCACAAUAAGUAUGACACUGGUGGUGGGCGGACGUUUAGUUACUAUACGCGCGCGUGCAGCCAUGACAAGGAUCGUCGCCGUGGCGGGAGCGCUCGCGCUGCUGCUGUGGCUGCAGCCCGCUGCCUGCCAUGUGAUCCGCGUGCUGCCCUCUGUGGAGGAUCACGACUGCCACCCCGCGCCACAACCGUCCAUGUUCGGGGGCGUCUACGGGGCCGGCGCCUACAGGGCAGGCGCCUACGGAGCCGGCGCCGGGGGCUACUACAUGCCCGCCAUCAGCUACGUCAUGCCUCUGUUCGCCGCGCCGCCGCCGCCCAUCGCACCCAGCGUCGAGGAGGCCAUCCUGCAGCAGCUCGUCGACGCCGAGAAGGAGAGGUGCCGCGCCCAGGAGCACACGCUGACCACCGAGCACCCUCCGACCACGACGGAGCAGGCGCCCACCGCCGCGCACGCGCCCACCACCGAGCACGCGCCCACCACCGUGCACACGCCGACCACCGAGCACACGCCCACCACCGAACUCCCGCCGACCACCGAGCACCCAGCUACGACCACCGAGCUCCCUCAAGUGCACGUCGAGGUGCACAACCACAGCGUCACAGUGCACGAGCACGGUCACGGCGGAGGUGAGCACGAGGUCGUCGCGCACGAGCCGGAGGUGGUUCACGAGGAGUCGCACGAAGUUACCUACUACGACGAGAACGCCCACGACAUCCCCGAGGACGAGCCCGAGGACGAGCCUGAGGACGACUAUGAAGACGAGAGCGGGGAAGCCGAUCAUCGGAAGACGCACAGCACCACCAAACACCACCACGGUGAGCCCGAGGACUACGACGACUCCGAAGAGGACCACACUUCAACUUCCGGACACCACGACUUCAUCGAGUACUACCGAAUCCCGGCCUCCCACUUCCACGCCAAGACGACCAGGCGCGGAACCUCCAACCCGUACGCGCACUACGUCCGCAAGCACCUCCCGGUGGAGGAGUCGUCGUACUCCUCGAGAAGCAGGAAGACGACCAGGGGGCCCAAGCACAAGGAAACGGAUGUAGAACAGCCACACCGUCAGACUCCGAGCAGAAGAAGGAAGUCGAAAACCACAACGGAAGAGGCGCACUCUGCCCCAAGCCACAAGACGUCGAAGAAGACUACCACGACGUCACCGAGGCGGUCCGCCGAUGACCAUGAUCAGCAUCAGCAAAGCUCAACAAAACGCCGAAAAGUUACCAAAAUUACCAGAACACACACAACACACCAUGAGCCCACCCACACGGAGGAACACACCCACACUGCACAUCCAGAUACAGGG